AAAUCGACCAAAAGGAUUCAAUGUGCAGAGAGCCGGCUCUAGAAGCUGCAGCCGGCUCUACAGGCAAAAAUUUGAAGACCGUUGGUUGGCGCGCGCGGAGAAAAGACGCAAAGCCGGCUCUGGCUUUGCAGCCGGCUCCGGCUCAAAGUUUUGCAGCCGGCUCUCGAGGAAAACAGAAUGUGCUGCAGACCCGGAUAGCCGGCUCUGGAAAUGUAAGCCGGCUUUGUAGAGCCGGCUCUAAUAUGUUAAGCUGGCUCUCCUGACAAUUCUGCAGCUCGAGCUUUGUGUCCUGCAGAGCAUUUAAUGACCCCCAACGGCUAGAAACGGUUAUUUUCGAGCAAGGGGCUAUAAAUAUGGUUGGUUACAAAUCUGAAGAAGGUUGGAGAACAUUGCAUUGAAUAUCUUUACCUACCCACUAGAGCUUUAACUUGAGUUUUUGAUCUUUGAGUGAUCAUUGCUUGUAAUCCUCUUCUUGUGCUUUUAGUGAGUGAUCUUGGGGGUGUGUUGAUUCCUUCAAGAGUGAUCUAUUGA